ACAAGUACUACAGAUUACAGAAUUUAUUUCUGAAGAAUACUGUUUAAUGCUAUCAACUUAUGGCUUCAAUAAACUUAAAUAAUACAAAAUGGAAAACCAAGAAAUUGCAGCUGAACAGAAAGAUGAGCAUAGUGAAUCGAAUAAUAUUACAGAUAAAAAUACUGAAAUCAAACAAAAUGAGAUAACAAAUGAUAAAUGUAUGAGUAGUAAAGAAGACAUGAAGCCAAAUGAAAUAUUUGGUGAAGUAAAAACUAAUAGAAGAAAGUUAGAACAUAGAACAAGGGUUACUAGUAGGAGUGCUAAUUUUUUGUUUCUUUUGUUGAGGAUGGUGUUGGAUAUUAAUGAUUUUGUGAGGCAGUGUGUAGUGUUUUGUCUGUUGGUGAAUUGUGUUAGUGGACUCAACGAGCAAAAGUUCGCAAUCGAGCCUCAGGAUCAGAGUGCAGUCGUUGGCUCCAGAGUAAUACUACCUUGCAGAGUAGUCAGCAAGGCAGGUCAGCUACAGUGGACUAAAGAUGACUUUGGUCUCGGCACGCACAGAUUUUUGACAGGAUAUGAUCGAUAUAAGAUGAUUGGAAGUGAUGAUGAAGGUGACUAUUCAUUGGAUAUAAGAGAAGUGACUUUGGAAGAUGAUGCGUUGUAUCAGUGUCAAGUCAGCUCAGGACCUAGAGGUGAACAAGCAAUUCGGUCUAGAUAUGCGAGGCUAAUCGUUCUAAUGCCCCCUCAACCACCGAAGAUACUUCAAGGUCCGAUUCUUGAGUCUAUUGAAGAUAGAGAAGUCAAUUUGGAGUGUGUAUCUGUGGGCGGCAAACCAGCAGCUGAGAUCACAUGGGUAGACAACGAUGGUGGUGUUUUAACUCAAGGGGUUACUUACACCAUAGAGCCAAUGUCUGAUGGCAGGAGGUAUACAGCAAGGUCAGUUCUUCAUUUUCGUCCAAGAAGACAUCACCACAAUCAAACGAUCACAUGUCAAGCACAAAACACGGCUGAUAGGGCUUACAGAGCAACUACGAUUAGAUUACAGGUGCAGUAUGCGCCGAAAGUUCGGAUGUUCAUAAAAUCUGGAGCAGCAAAAGGACAAAUACAGGAGGGAGACACGCUGGUUAUGGGUUGCCAAGGAAGCGCGAACCCAAACAAUCUCACAUACAAGUGGUACAUAAACAAUAAUCAAAUUGUCGGCACUACGAACAAUGAACUGGUACUAAUGAAUAUUUCUCGUAAACACAAUGAUGCUACGAUUAGAUGUGAAGUCUAUAAUGCAGUGGGAAAGAGUGCUGAAUCGAAGACCUUGGAAGUGGCAUACGGCCCCACGUUCAAACAGAGGCCACAGAAUAUAGAAGGUGAAUCUGGAUCUACUGCGAUACUCAGCUGCAUUGUAGACGGUCAUCCAUCACCGAAAAUACUGUGGUUGAGAUACGAAAACGAGCAUGUUGUUAGAGUCGGAAAAUCUUCAAAUUUGACCGUAACGAUAACAGAAGAGACUGCAGGCGAAUAUUGGUGUAGAGCCAGUAUAGAUCACUACCAAGAUAUUGAAGCUUCUGCCAUGGUGUACGUAAGAGGUCCACCUAAGAUAACUUCAAAUGAGACACAAUACGGCGUAGAAGGAGACAGCGUGAGAGUGGAAUGUGUGUCCUUCUCUAUUCCUAAACCAGACUAUAUUAUAUGGACGUUUGCUGGUGGAGAAAUUAAUACAUUUCAUAAUCAAGAGUACGCGUUCUUAGAAGAAACAUUAGCAGAUAGCCUAACAAAAUCAACACUGAUCAUAAGAAAAAGCGAAGCGAAACAUUUCGGGAAAUAUAAUUGUACGGUUACUAAUGAAUAUGGAAUGGACAGCGUAGAAAUUAAUUUAGUACCUGACAAAUCAUUGCCAAUGUUCCUCAUCAUAACAGCGUGUGCUACUAUACUUAUAGUUCUUCUAAUAGUAAUGCUCAUAAUAAUGCUGUGCCAUCGAAGAACAAACAAGUCGGACGUAAAGAAACCAGACAUAACUGACAUAGGCAAGACCAGCAUGGAUCAGUUUAAAGACAGUGAUAGAAACUCAAACAUUAGUGAUUUGAAGCUAGAAUUGAGGCAGGUGGAAGGCAGCUGUGGUUUGGACAACUCAAAUGCUGGUUCAGAGACCGACCUCCAUCCGACGCAUCACUUAGUUUCGAAUCUUGGACUGCCAUUGGCUGGACCGGUUUCGUUACCUAACAGCUAUGACAAUGAACUAAUGAAGCAGUACCAGAGAUAUAGCGGGGACUUCAAUCAACCUAUCACCAGUUUACAUUCGAAGGUACAUGGUCAGACCAACGGUUACGUACCUUAUGUGGAUUAUUCAAGAGACUACGCGCCUCCCAUGCCAGAGUCUCAAAGUUCUCUGUCUAGAAGCAUGGAUGGGUCUAUACAUUUAAGUCAAUGUGAUUCUCUCAAUCGCCAACCUAGCAGUGGAAGACUAGGUGGCAUAAUUGGACCUGAUGUCAUCCCUAUGCCGAAUCUAGGCGUAAGUUUGUCUGGUGGUGCUGAUGUCAGAUACGCCGCUACAUAUGGGAACCCUUAUUUAAGAGGAAGCGGGCAUUUAUCGUACAUGCAACAAGUGAACAGCAAUCCAUCAGCCAAGUCGGCACCGCCCCCCUACUACUCCACUAGAAACCAGAAUGUUCCGAACGUAUCAACAAGUUCUCCAUCAUCAUCUUCAUCAUCAAGGCCUGUCAACAGUUCCCUAGCAUCGUCUUCGUCUACUGUCAAUAGUGCCCAACCUCAAGUGCCUAAAAUGUCCCCAUUAUCUUCGGGUGCCCUCUACAUACUACCGCCGUCCAGUCAUGGAAGUCUUCAGUCCAAACAAAUUACUGCCAAAGGUAACGGAUCGCAGUUAACGAACGGUACACACGUUUAAAUCUAUAUGUAGUUAAUUAAAAUUAGUUAGAAAAAAUUCUGAAUUAAUUAGAUCUCUCAAAUAUAUGUAAAUGUUAUGUGAAUUCAUUCAACUAAUUAUA